AUUGUUUGUGCUGAUGUACCUGGUGAUACAUGUUGUAAAAGUUGAACCUGAUUGUACUUUUGCGAUGGUGAUUUUGAAAUGGUUUGGAAUGUUCUUGAAGAUAUUUUAUGAAUAAAGUAUAUCUUUGCCAAAAAGAAAUCUUCCGCAGAUACUGCCGGACCGGCUGCGUAUUUCCAGCACUUGCUUUUAUAUCGGUUCUCCAGCGUCCGCAUUGUUCUGCCCUCGGUUCCGGGGAGAGACCAAUUCCCUCAGCGCGGCCUCCGUCACUCUCUCCCCACUCGGGACGGCCAAUGAUGGAGGGUCACCAGCGGGGUGGAAGUGAAAGUGCAGUGGAGUACUUCCUUAAACAGAGAAGAAUCCGUUCAAACGAUGCAGUGGAAAUCAUGUGGUAUCAUGCCGCCAACAGAAAAGCACAACUGGAAGAAGCAUUGAAGAGUGAUGCACAUAUGAUUGAAGCAGAUGUUCUUGUUGGGAGCCAGGGGUCACAUAAAAGACAGCCAAUCAUGGCUCAUCCUCCUGAAAAUGAUAGUGACAUCACAUUGCAUAAUUGGUUGAAUGAGGUGCUCAAAUCAGACAAGGGGAUCAAGCUGGAUUUUAAAAGUUUAUCGGCUGUGGAACCUGCAAUGAAAAUGUUAGUAUCAGUGAAGGAUCUUCUCACACGACCAGUGUGGAUCAAUGCAGAUAUUCUUCCUGGACCAAAUGAAAGCAGUACUGCAAUAAUUGCAAAUGAAUUUUUACACACAGUGACCUCAUGCUUAUCAGAUGUAACACUGUCUCUGGGAUGGACAACCAGUGAGUUGGUUGACCAAAGAAUUAAUGGCUACACCUGGGAGAUGGUGAAGGAGAUGGAGCAAAUUUGUCGGACACUCUACCAGCCAGUAACAUUCCCAGUUAGAGCAGCACUGGUUCGGCCAUCCUGGCCACAGCUGCAUUGGUUGCUGGAGCAGUCAGAAAGAUACAGUCUGACUGUGUGGGCAGCAAGAAAAGAUUCGUACAGUGUGGAAGAUAUGCUGUAUAUCAGGAAAAACUUUGACAAGUCAAGAAUCUACUUUGAUCUUUUUGAACCUCAAAACAGUGAAUUAAGGCAGGCAAUAAACACGAAAGUCACAGAUCAGAUAUAACAUUUUUAUAACAGCAUUGAUUUAUAUGGUGUCUUCAACACAGUAAAAGACCCCAAGGCACUUCACAAGGAAACUUAACAAAUAAAAUUUGACACCAAACCACAUAAGAAAUUAGGACAGGAAUGCGAUAGGUUUUACAGAGCAUUUUAGUGGAGGAGAGGCGGCGGUCAGGGGAAGAAAAUUCCAGAGUGUGUGGUAUAAGGAAGCUGAAGGCAAGGCCGCCAAUGGUGGAGAGAUUAAAAUUGGGAAAGCACAAGAGGCCAGAAUUGGAGGGAUGCAGAGAUCUCAGAGGGUUGUAGGACUAUUGAUGGAUACACCAGUUUUAAAUUAUAAGAUUUCACUCAUAUUCUUAAAGAGAAAAUAGCUGAGCUGGGUUACUGCUGCUAGAAAGUGUACAGGUGUAGAUAUCAAAUAAGGACACAAUCAUUCGUGGCUUUGAUGCUACCUCAACUGAACAGCCAGUUUGCAAACACAAUUUAGGCACACCCAUGGAGAGUGGCCACUAAGAUUAUAUAUUGGAGAGCUGCCAAUGCGUGACAUGUCAACCAUGGCUCAGUUGGUAGCCCUCUUGCUUCUGAGUCAGGAAGUUGCACUCCAGAGAACUGAGCACACUCCAGGCUGAUACUUCAGUGCGGUACUGAAGGAGGGCUGCCCUAUCGAAUGCAAUGUUAAACUGAGACCCAUCUGCCCUAUCAGGUGGAUAUAAACAUUUUAUGGCACUCUUCGAAGAAGAGAAAGAGAGCUUUUGCAGCGUCUUGGCCAAUAUUUAUUCCUAAAUCAACAUUACUAAAAAUCCACCAACUGGUUAUCCAUUACUGUUUGUGGGAACUUGCUCUGGAAAUUGGCUGCCAAGUUUUUUUACAACACUUCAAAAGUUCUUCAUUGGCUAAAAAAAUACUUUGGGCUGUCUUGAGGUAAUGAAUUGUACUAAAUAAAUGCAAAUUUUUUAAAAUUUUUUUCUUUCUGUUAACACUUGGAACCAAAUUAAGAGUUAGUGCCUUCAGAAGAGAAGGAGAGAAAGGGACAAGAUUGGGAAAAUGUUAGGAAAUAAUCAGUGUUUUUCAGAAUUGCUGACUAACAGUUUUAGCCUAUUUGACAUCUUCUCUCUGUAAAAUAUCUAACAAAAAUGUUUGCAAUUCUGUCCAAGAUGAUAUAUUUUGAGUUCACAGCCGGCAGAUGGCUCACUGGAUGUAGAAAUUGAUUAUAACAUCUGUUUUUAAGUGAAAAUACUCAGAGCUAUUGCUGAUUUUCUGAAACAGAGCUAUAAUCAGAUGUAAUACCUUGCACUGUAAAUGUGCAGUAUCUUCCAAAUGUCACUGCAUAUCAAUGACCUAUAUAAAUAUUCAGUACUACAGUC